AUGAGAAUUACACCGGCUCCCUUAUUGUUCCUCCUGGCUGCUGCCUGCGCCCCUGCCCUCUGUGGCAAAGAGGAGCAGCCCGUCCUCCAGCCCGAGGCCCCGGUUGAAACCCGCUCCCGCUUUGCGGCUCUGGACGACGUGCGCCUCCUGGCGAACGGCCUCCUCCAGCUGGGUCAGAGCCUGCGGGAGUUUGUGCAGAAAACAAAGCGACAGAUAAAUGACAUCCUCCAGAAGCUCAACAUUUUUGACCACUCGUUUUACCAGCUGUCAGUGCUCGCCAGUGAAAUCAAAGAGGAGGAAGAGGAGCUGAAAAAGACCACCGUGGUGCUGAAGGCCAACAAUGAAGAGAUCAAGGGCCUGUCUGCUGAGAUCAGCUCCAAAGUGGACAGCAUGCUGCAGGAGAAGGGUCACCUGCAGAACAAGCUGGAAGGCCUGGAGAGGAAGCUGAGCAGUCUGUCGCACAACCUGAUGACGAGCGAACAAGUGGCAGAGAUCAAUGGCCUGAGGGAGGUGAUCCACACCCAGGAGCAGAGCAUCACAGAGCUGCUGAAGGCUGUGAGGGAGCAGAGCGACCAGCUCAACCACCAGAGGGUCAAGAUCAAGGUUCUGGAGGAAAAGCUUACAGCCAACUCCCUGACCCAAGAGACCAUUGAGAAGAUGCCCGAAGUCUUCAACAGCAAAGCUCCAACACUCCCCCCGUACCUGACCUCGAGCUCUGCCAGCCCCACCGAGAUGAUGAAUCUGCCGUCAGACUGCAGCGAGCUGUUCAACAGAGGGGAACGAGUCAGCGGCGUCUAUGCCAUCAAACCCAGCAGAGCAGAGCCCUUCAUCGCUUAUUGUGACAUGAACAAAGGCCACGGAGCAACAGUCAUCCAGCGAAGGAGGGAUGGUUCAGUGAAUUUUGAUCAAACCUGGGAGAAGUAUGAAAAUGGGUUUGGAGAUUUUCAAGGGGAGUUCUGGCUGGGUCUCAGGAAGAUCCAUUCUCUGUCUGCUCAGGGCAACUCCGUCCUUCACAUCCAGCUGGAAGACUGGAAGCAGGACAGGCGCUUCAUCGAAUACAGAUUUUACCUUAAUGGUCCAGAGAGCAACUACACCAUUCACCUCAUGCGUCUGUCUGGAGAUUUGCCGGACCCCAUGCAGAACCACACAGGCAUGAUGUUCUCCACCAAGGACAGAGACAGUGACAACCACCAGGGCUCCAACUGUGCCCACAGCUACACAGGUGGAUGGUGGUUCGGCGCCUGCAGAGACACCAACCUGAACGGGAGAUAUUUCCCAAUGAGACCUAAGGGGCGCUCAGAGCGUAGAAGAGGAAUUCAAUGGAGGCCGGGCCAAAAGGCUUCAUACUCCAUCAAGCUCACCCAGAUCUCUGUCCACCCUGAUGCUUCCCCCAGCACCCCCUCCCCCGCUUCAGCGUCCUCUGAGACAGGUGACUUUCAGUGA